GACCCAGACGACGGUUCCAUUUCGCCCUCUUCGCCAUCCUUGUCUCGUCGUCGGUUCCGCCGGGUGCUCCGAGAGUUUGCACGCGAGCGGCGCGUCCGGGAACCGUGCCGGAGAUGGGCGAGGGCGUGGCGGGACCGGCAGCGAUGUGGUGGGCCGCGGCGGCGGCCGUGGUGCUCGUCGGCGGCGCCGUGCUCCUCCUCCUCGACGCCGCCGCGCGGGCGCUCCACGGGUGGUACAGGGAGGCGUCGCUGGGCGCGGCGCGGCGUGCGCGGCUGCCGCCGGGGGACAUGGGGUGGCCCUUCAUCGGCGCCAUGUGGGCCUUCCUCCGCGCCUUCAAGUCCGGCAAGCCCGACGCCUUCGUCGCUUCCUUCAUCCGCCGGUUCGGCCGCACCGGCGUGUACCGAACUUUCAUGUUCAGCAGCCCGACGAUCCUGGUGGCGACGCCGGAGGCGUGCAAGCAGGUGCUCAUGGACGACGACAGCUUCGUGACCGGGUGGCCCAAGGCCACGGUGGCGCUCAUCGGGCCCAAGUCGUUCGUGGCCAUGCCCUACGACGAGCACCGCCGCCUGCGCAAGCUCACCGCCGCGCCCAUCAACGGCUUCGACGCGCUCACCGCGUACCUGCCCUUCAUCGACCGCACCGUCAGGUCGUCCCUGCGCGCGUGGGCCGGCGCGUCCGCGGACGGCGGCGAGGUCGCGUUCCUGACGGAGCUGCGGCGGAUGACGUUCAAGAUCAUCGUGCAGAUCUUCCUGGGCGGCGCGGGCGAGGCCACCAUGCGCGCGCUGGAGCGGAGCUACACGGACCUCAACUACGGGAUGCGCGCCAUGGCCAUCAACCUGCCCGGGUUCGCGUACCGGCGGGCGCUCGGGGCGCGCCGGAGGCUGGUCUCCGUGCUGCAGGGCGUGCUGGACGAGCGGCGGGCGUCGACGGCCAAGGGGUUCACGCGCUCCAGCAGCAUGGACAUGAUGGACCGGCUGAUCGAGGCGGAGGACGAGCGUGGGCGGAGGCUGGACGAUGACGAGAUCAUCGACAUCCUCAUCAUGUACCUCAACGCCGGGCACGAGUCCUCCGGCCACAUCACCAUGUGGGCCACCGUGUUCCUGCAGGAGAAUCCCGACAUCUUUGCAAAGGCGAAGGCGGAGCAGGAGGCGAUCGUGAGGAGCAUUCCGGCGAAUCAGCAGGGGCUGACGCUGCGAGACUUCAGGAAGAUGGAGUACCUCUCACAGGUGAUCGAUGAGACGCUGCGCCUCGUCAACAUCUCCUUCGUGUCCUUCCGUCAGGCGACCAAAGACGUCUGUGUGAAUGGGUUCCUGAUCCCCAAGGGCUGGAAGGUUCAGCUGUGGUACCGGAGCGUGCACAUGGACCCUCAGGUGUACCCUGACCCCAAGAAGUUCAACCCCUCAAGAUGGGAGGGCCACUCGCCGAGAGCCGGCACCUUCCUCUCCUUUGGGCUCGGCGCCAGGCUCUGCCCCGGCAACGAUCUCGCCAAGCUGGAGAUCUCCGUCUUCCUGCACCAUUUCCUCCUCGGCUACAGGCUGACGAGGACGAACCCCAACUGCCGGGUGAGGUACCUGCCCCACCCCAGGCCGGUGGACAACUGCUUGGCCAAGAUCACCAAAGUCUCGGACGAUUACUGAGUUCUGAUGGAACCUAGGUAGCUGGGCCCGGAAAGGGCCGGACUGUUGUCCGCUGUCUGCGCAAACAAAUAAAACAAGCAAGAAAUGAAGCGUUACAUGACAUUGUCUAUGCUUCAGCAA